AUGCCACGUUCAAUUCCAGAUGAGACGGGCGACUCGCUGCAGCACAAUGGCGCGACAUGCACGGAAACAUCGCCGCUGCUACACGGCCAAACACCAACAGCGCCUUCAUACUGCAUACAGGAAGUCCAACCCUCAAUCGAACCCCACCAUGAGCGACCUGUGCUGUCACCGGAGCGACUUACAACCACAUGGCGUCGGGAAGUCACGACGAUAGCAGCGUGGUCGGUUCCAUUGUUGAUGACGCAGAUGCUCCAACGCGCCAUCAACUUCGUGAGCAUCUUCAUCGUGGGCAGGCUUGGGACGAGGGAGCUCGGCGCCGUUAGCUGUGGGUAG